AUGUCUUCUAUGUCGUUAGGCACCGCCAUUUAUGUUGCUGUCAAGCCUAUUCUUAAAAUUUAUACAAUUAUAUUCGUUGGGUUUCUCUUGGCGAAAUAUGAUAUUGUCGAUAUGCAUACUGCACGAGGGAUAUCCAAUAUGGUUGUUAACGCAAUUUUACCUUGUUUAACUUUUAAUAAGAUAGUUUCUAAUAUAUCAUGGCAUGAUAUAAAAGAGAUCGGAGUCAUUGCAUUAUCUGGUAUUAUAUUAUUUACUGCAGGUACGGCAUUUGCACUACUAAUAAACUAUGGUACAAGAGCUCCAAAAGCUUGGUUUUGGGGGUUGAUAUUCACAGGAUUAUUUCCUAACAUUUCAGAUUUACCUAUUGCAUAUACCCAAAGUUUAAAUAAUGGGACUGUUUUCACAGAGGAACAAUCAAAUAAAGGGGUUGCGUAUAGUUGUAUCUUUUUAGCAGUUCAAAGUUUUUUACAAAUGAAUUUUGGACUUUGGAGAAUGGUAGGAUUUGAUUUUAAAUCAAAUGGUAAUGAAAAUAAUAAUGAAAAUUCCAAUGAGAAUAGAAAUGAAGAUUCAGAUACUAUAAAGGGUAGCGAUGAUGAAUUGGAAGCAAAAAAACGAGAUUUAUUUUAUAUUGAUGAAAAUUCUUUAUAUAAUGAUUCUUCAAGAAUUCCUACAAAUAUUUUGGAAAAAGAUGAAAGUCAUAAUACGGAAGAGAUGGUUUCUGAUACUAAUAGUCUUGAGACUGAAAGUAUUGAUUCUCAUUCAAAUACCUUAACAAGACAACAAUUUCUGAAUAUGAGACCUAUAGAAUAUGCACAUUUUAGAACCAGCUCAGAUAUGAAUGUUUAUAAGAUGAAUUCUAUCUUAUCAAGCCCAGGCCAUUUAGAAACAGUUAUCUUACAAAGACAACAAUCAAUGAUAAGAAAGACAGGUAGUAGUGGUCAUCAUGAAGAAACUUCAUUAAGGAAAAGACGGCAAAAGAGUGAAUCAAUAAGUAAAAUAAUUAGUAAUUAUAGUGCCGUAGAUGAUAUUAAAUCAGGGAAGAUUGAUUUGAAUAAACCAUUAGCAUUGACACAGGAGAUUGGUAGAACAAAUACACAUGUAGGAGAAGAUGAAUAUGAAUAUGAUUGUGAUUAUGAUUAUCGUACUAAUAGUAAUAAUAAUAAUAAUGAUGAUGAUGAACAAACUUCACAGGAAAGAAUGUUGGAGGAAGGCUUCCCAAACAAUACUUUAAAUAUUCAGAAAAUUACCACAUCCACGUCUAAGAGUAAACACCAUAGUAGAUUUAAAUGGGUAUCUAACUCUAAGAGAAGUAUAAAUCAUUUUUUCGAAAAAUAUCAUUUGGGAUGGUUGAAAUAUUUACUCAUCAAUUUCAUUAGACCUGCCUCAUUAGGGACUCUUCUAGGUAUGACAGUAGCAUUGAUUCCAUGGGUUCAAGCAUUAUUUGUCGACACAUAUGUUCAUGUUCAUAAGGCACCUGAUGGGGAACCAGUAUUAAACUUUUUAAUUGACUUCACAAGUUAUAUAGGCAAUGCAUGCAUUCCAUUGGGGCUUUUAAUGCUGGGAGGAACUAUGGCAAGAUUGGAGGUAGGAUCCUUGCCCAAGGGGUUUCUAAUAACAGCUGCAGCAAUGACAUGCUGCAGAUUGAUCGUGUUGCCCAUUAUUGGCAUUAUUUGGGCCAAUAAGUUAUACAAUAUCAAUUGGCUAGAAACCCCUGUAAGCAAGUUCGUGAUGAUCUUAACUUGGUCAAUGCCCUCAGCUACUGCACAAGUUUAUUUCACUGCUUUCUACACACCAACACACGGAGCUCAUGUCCAGCUCGAUUGUCUUUCUGUAUUUUUCUUGAUGCAAUAUGCAGUUUUGAUCAUAUCAUUACCAUUUGUAAUCACAUACACGCUAAAAGUAGAUAUGAAAAUGUAA